GAACCGUGUUUUAUUCAGUACCAGACUGCCAGGUGAUCCAUGGUGUCUUAUAUUCAUGCUUGAGGACAUUGUUCGGCCUGUCUGUUAUUGGAAUAUUGAUUUGUAUAUUCUGUUGCCUCCUCAUAUACCAGCUAAUCAGUCACGAGAAAAAAUGCAAUUAUUGGCGUGAGUUGGAGCUACGAUGCAGGUAUCUUUAUAACCAGAGAACACUGAGUAACAAUCAUUGUGCUUGUUGCCGACACAACACGCAGUCAGCCUGGGACACUCAGCAGGACAUGCCAAGGUUCUGUACUCCUGGUAAUUUAUAUACUCCAAAUCCAGUUGUGAUGGAUGAUGCGGCUGGAGUUGAUAAUUUAUCCCAAGCAAGAACAAAUUGGUCUUGGAGAUUACCAUGGAUAUCACGACCUUCAAUUGAAAUCCCUCCACAACAAUGCUACGAAACGUGCCGUGAGGAUGUCACUCCAACACAUUGACAACAUCUUCAGCACACUCAUUUUUGAUCUCUCAAAUUGAUUCAAGUAGGCCUACUCUAUUUAUUGCAGCUUUCAUUUAUGCUACUUUCCCUCUGAAAAAGUAGUCUUUUGUAAUAUUGAGUUAUUAUAUUGAAAUAAAAAUAUUUUCAACUA